GCGUUCGAACUGGUCCAGCGCGUGAGCCGCACGACGCAGCCCGAUAGGUGGGGCUAAUGGCGGCCAGAGGCGGGGUCUGUGGGCCGGCUGAGGCGGGAGGGCUGCGAUGGAGGCGCCGGUUAAGCUGAACGGGACUCAGCCGGUGGAGGUGGAUGUCUGCGGCUCUCCGCGCUUCAGCUGCUGGAGGGCAGCCAGGAGCUGCGAACCGCGGUACGACCAGACCGUUGACCUCCGUGUACAAAUAGGUCUUGGUGGACAGGCAUAUAACACUGCAAUUAUCAGGAGCGUCUAAACUGAAUCUUAAAAUUGUAGAAAAUAUUUAUCAAGACCGAAUUAGCAAGUGGUGAACAUCUGACCACAGAAUACCUAUGAAUUCAUCAUUACCACACUCGGCUUCACCCCAGAAUCCAAGCCCAGACCUUGAGAGCAGCACCAUUCAGAAACAGAGGAAAGAACUCCAGCUGUUACUAGCAGAACUGAAAGAUCGUGAUAAGGAGCUGAAUGACAUGGUUGCAGUGCAUCAGAGACAGCUGCUAGCCUGGGAAGAUGAUCGACAAAAAAUACUAACUCUGGCAGAACGCUGUAGCAGGCUAGAAAAUGAACUACACAAAAGAAAUGAGAUGAUAAGAACAUUAACACAAAGAUUAAAGGUCUUAGAAUCUCAGCAGAAUGAUCGCAGGACAACACUUGAAAAUACUCAACAGAAGCUUCAGGAGCUGUCCCAAAAAGCAACAGAUGCAACUCUUCAUUGUCAGGCCCUGGAGGAGAAAAAUCAAAGUCUCAACUGUUCAGUGUUGGAGCUGUCUGCUAAGAUAGGCCAGUUGCAAGCUAGAGAACAGGAACUCAUUACGAUGCUAAAGCUAAAGGACAAAGAUAUACUUGAAGCAACCAAUCACAUUACUGAAUUUACAUCUAAAUUUAAAAAGUUGGAAAGUGCAUUGCGUACAGCUAAGAUGGCAGAAUCCAGUAUCAAUAAAGAAAAGCAGGAUUUCAAACUGAGACUGAAACAACUAACAUUUGAAAUGAAUAAAUUAAAAGAUGGCCUCAGUGAAAAAACAAAAGAAAAUAAUGAGCAGCGGGAAGAAAUCAUGCGCCUCAAACAAGAAAACAGCUACUUGAAGAAUGAGCUCCUACUUAAUGUUGAGAAAGCAAAUAGACAAGAUCAGCUUCUUCAAUCUGCUAAAUCUAAACAAGUCCGGACCAAUACAGAACUGUCCAAUUUGCGGCAGAUCUAUGUAAAACAGCAGCAUGAUCUGCAAUUUCUUCAUUUCAACUUGGAGAGUUCUCAAGAAUUAUGGCAGAAACACAAGGAGGAGGCACACAAAACAAACAUAGGUUUGGUAUUAUCAGACCUUGAAAGUAGCAACGAAAAAGACACAGUUAGCAGUGAAGGCACUCAGAAGAUACCUAAGGAAUAUGGGACUACACAAACUCGGAAAUGCAGUCUAAAAAAAAUCUGUAAUAUGUGUGAAGCAGAGAAUAGCCAGCUAAUUAAUGUGUCAGACAUGGAGGAAAGUACCUUGGCUCACUUAAAUCGGCUUCAGAAAAUCUUUCAAGGCUUAUCACAUGGACAAAAGACUUUGUUUCUGGAAGAUGGAAAGCAGAAUGCUUCGGUAAGCACAGAUGAACUAGACAUCAGAACUAUAUCUGAUAGAAACAGUAUGAGGUCUGUGGAAGGCAGGGAAACAUCUCAGACUUCACAAGAUGUAUUUCUAAGCAGAGACCAGAAAAACUUUGGAGCAUCUUUACCUAUACACGAGCAUUGGCUCAACUUCAGUCCUCAUUUAGAUUCGUUGAAUUGCUGCCAUCCUGGGUCAAAGCAGUCUGACAGAACCGAUGUUGAAUGUAAUGAUCAGACAGAGACAGUGGGAAUUUUCUGUGACCGAAAAAGCAGUGUGUCUCCUGGUACACUUCCCAUAGACGAAUCUGGCUUCUGUACUCUUAACUCCAUCAUAGAUAAAGCUGCAUGUUAUAAGCCAGUAACGGAUCUGGAGUGGAUGCAGAUUUUCAGACCAAUAGAAGGAGAUGGAAAUGUGUGGUGCAGAUCAGUUUGCAACUGUCCCAAGACUGCACAUGGAAUAAAAAGUACUACCUUAAAAAGUGAAGAACAUGUGGAUCUGAAUUCCUUUUACUUGGACUCUCCCUGUUUGACGUCCACACAGAAGAGAGAUGGUCCCCAGAAAUGUGAGAGAUUCUUCGAUGCAGACCUCCCUUCAGAGAUCAGUAACUUAUCAGUGAUUCAGUCAGCAAAUAAGUGCACUAGUCCUACUAUCAACUGUGACUCCUGUUCACCAACAAGUAAGCUCCAGCGUUUGCUGGCUGAGUCUCGACAGAUGGUUGCUGAUCUGGAGCUUAGCAUGCUGCUCCACAUUAGCCCCUGUUGCAGUCCCAGCAGCAGCAGUGUUAAUAUGACAACAGAACUUACAGAAGCUCUCUGCAAAGUGCAACUGCCAGCUAUGGAAGAAAGUGAGACAAAACUUUCACUGUUUUCUUUAUGAUCUUGAAUUCCUUGCAUGUUAUCCGAAAGGAACAAAGAUGACCUCCUUACUAUCUGGCAAGAACAAAGAUGAUGUCCUUAUUAAUUAAAAUACAUUUUGAGAUGCGAAGAUCAUUACCACAUAAGCUACAAUGAACAGUUACUGAACAUUUGGUCAUAUCUCUCAUGAAUGUUUGAAAAUUUUGCAAGUGCCAAAAAUAUGUGACCUUGUGCUGGAAUGUAUUCUAUAUUUGUGAAUAAUAAUUUAGAAUUAUGCUAAGAUGAAAAACUGCCUUUUUUAAUAGAUCAGUACUCAGGUUAAAUGCUAGUUUGUUUUAAAGUAAGAAUAUAAAAUGGGUAAUUGUUUACUCCAUAAAGGUGACAAUUUUUUUUAAAAUAUAGAACUUUUUAUUACUACUCCCAUAGUUGUGCAUAUUUGGUAUUUAAAAUGUAUAAUAGCAGUGUUCACUCUUGUUUAGUCCAUUGUUUUAGUUCUGGACAUUUUGCUGUGUAAAUAGAUAUGAAUAAUGAUUAUAAGAAGUUGUGAAUUAGUGAAGUAACCAGGAUAUACCUCCUACAUUGCUGAAAUUUACAAGCCCAUCUUGUG